UUUUGGGGACCUUUAAACUAUCACCGUCGAUCGUCAUGAAGACUUUCAUCGUGCUGUCCAUGGCGCUGGCCAUCGCUGCCGGGGCCGCCGUUGAGGGCGGCAAAGCCAAGCGCGGUGUGUGGGACUUUGGCGGUGACGACUUCGGUGGCCAUGAUUUCGGCGAGCACAAGGAAGUGGUGAAGCACAUUACGAUCGAGAAGAAGGUCCCGGUGCCGUACCCGGUCGAGGUGACGAAGCACGUGCCGGUGGAGGUGAAGGUACCGUAUCCGGUGCACGUCGAGAAGAAGGUUCCGGUGAUCGUGGAGAAGAAGGUGCCGGUCAUCGUCGAAAAGAAGGUGCACGUGGACCGCCCAGUCCCGUACCCGGUAAAGGUGCCCGUCAAGGUACCGGUCAUCCACAAGGAGUACGUCGAGGUGCCCAAGCCGUACCCGGUGCACAUAGAAAAGAAGGUCCCGGUGAUCGUGGAGAAGAAGGUGUACAUCGAGAAGCAUGUGCCCGUUUCGAUCCACAUCAAGAAGAAGUCCCACUGGCACUAA